AUGGUCAUCACCAGCGACGACGAAGGUCAGACGUGGUCGGAAUGCCGUGAAGCAGCUGCCGGUGUCACCGGCGAUCGGCACAACCUCGCUUACGCCCCUGAUGGUCGGUUGGUGAUUGUGUUUCGAGACACCGCACUCGCCAGCCCGACGAAAUUCAAUUUUGUCGCAUGGGUCGGCACUUACGAUGACCUCGUCAACGGGCGAGAGGGGGAAUACCGUGUGCUGCUACUGCGGCAUCAGGGCAACUUCCCGCCCGACGAAUACGGAGACUGCGGCUAUGCCGGCUUGGAAGUGCUGCCGGACGGCACUUUCGUCGCCACGACCUACCUCAUUCACAAGCCGGGCGAGGAGCACUCCGUCAUCAGUGUGCGAUUCAAUCUAACGGAGUUGGAUACGCACGUGGCGAAGCUGCAAAAAUAA